AUGGAAAUUUUUGAAUCUAAUAUUGUAACUCUUGGAAAUCAACUGCAAAAGAUAUAUUUAGAAGGUAAAAACAAGUCCAAUCCUGUUAUGAUAAUGCUUCAUGGUGGCCCAUUAAUGCCAUUUGUCUAUUGUAGUGCUUAUAGAGGAUUAUACGAAGAUUUAAGAAGCAAUUAUACAUUAAUUUGGUGGGAUGAAUACGGAUCUGGCAAAAACUAUGUAGAUCAUUCACUUUUAGAUAAUUUUACAGUUGAUGACUGGGUAACAAUGACAAUUGAUUUAUAUAAUUGGACUAUUCAGAAGUUUCCUAACUGUAAGAUUGUUAUAAAUGGAUAUUCUUUCGGUACUUUCCUUGCUACACGUGCAUUUAGACUAAUAUCUAAAGAUCCAAAUCAUAAGAUCUCUGGUGUUAUUAAUAUGGGGCCAAUUCUUAAUAUGAAGAACGCUUCCCUUCGAUAUGAAAAUACAUUGAUGCCUGUAAUAUCUCAAGAUAAGAAAGAGAAAAUUGAAGAAUUAAGAAAUGGUUCUUAUAUCAAAUACCAAAACUAUUUAGAAGCACUUGCUGAAAAGUACCUGAAUUGUCAGAUAUAUAAUAAGAAAGACGCUCAUAACUCGAUGAUGAAAAUAUGGAUUUCAAGAUUACUGUUUUCUCCUGACUAUACGCUAACAGAUACUAUUCACUACAUUACAGUCAAGUUGCACUCUGAUAACUACUACAAUGUAAUGUGGGAAUCUUUCGGAAAUCUCGAUAUGACAGAAGAUUAUAAGAGUUUGACCGUUCCAACACUAUUUUUGCAGGGAUCAGAAGAACUCUAUGUCUCUAAAGAGCAACUUGAUCCAUUGCUUGCUGGCAAACAGAACAUUUUCUAUCAUACUUUAGAAAAAUCCGCACAUUGCCCCACAACUGAAGCUUGGAACCAAAUAACCAAGCUUGUUUGUGAAUUCAAGCAAAAUAUAUAG